CUAGGUGUAGUCACAUGACUCUGCCAGUCUCCGAACAGUGUCUGGAGCUGCGGAGUUUUCAGCUGGUCGUCGAGAGUCCUGACGUGACAACAUGGCCUACCCCGGGCUCCUCGUCCCUAUAAUCGUCAUGACUGUGUUCUGGGGCAUUGUGGGCGCUGUGCUGCCGUGGUUCGUCCCCAAAGGACCAAAUCGAGGGGUCAUCAAUACAAUGCUGGCGACGUGUGCGGUCUGCUGCUACUUGUUCUGGCUCAUUGCAAUUCUGGCCCAGUUAAAUCCUUUAUUUGGACCUCAGCUCAACUCUGAAGUGAUCUAUUACCUGAAAAACCAUUGGCCUUAAACCAGUUUGCCUUAUCCAGGACAAUAACCAGAUGAAGACUUGCCUUAAUGUUUUCCAGUACCUUAAAUGCCUUAAUACUUGUAUUACUUGAAUUUUCUCAGCUGUUAAUGCAAUCCUAAUACUUGGACACCAUGUUGCCUUUCUUCACUCUAAAUAUCCACAUUGUACUCCAUGAGUCACAUUUUAUUUGGGACCCUAAGUCUAGUAAUUCUGUUAAAGUGUUAAAGUGUAUCUGACUGAUUAUAAUCCACAUUCCAAAAAUCAAUAGAACAAAUGAAGAUGAGAAACACUGUAGUGUGUGUGUAUAUGUAUGAUAUAUAUAUUAUAUUACACAUACAUACACCCCCCCUUGAAUUCACUGCUAUAACCCAUUGCCAGAGAAGAGAACUAUCAUCUUCAUGGAGAGAUUGGGGCCAUAUGUAGAGGAGAGGAGGAGUGAGCUGCAGGAGGGAGGCAGAGAAGCACACAGAGGCUGCUGAAGGUUCUAGUACGUUUUCUACGUCACCACAGUGCUGGAUUCACAGCAACAUUGCUCAGUACUGCUGCAUAAUGGCCUCCAUUACUGCUGCUUUUUCUGAGUUUCUGUGACCUCCCCUCCCUCUGUCAUCAAACAAUGGGGACUUUUUUAUAUUUUAUAUAUUUUAUAAAUUAUUGGACACUAAUACAGGAAAAAAAAAAGUGUUUGCUGUCUUUCUCUUUAGUACUCAGUGAUCUCCUAUUUUCUUAAUAUUUUCAACAAAGUACAUACUGUUCCUGGUCCUUAUCACCACAGCUCACUGUGUGCCCUUUUAAUCAGGCUCUUGGAACUCGUGUUUUUAGAAGAAUAAAAAAAAUAGUAUUAUGGAAA